AAGUACCGUGUGGGGGUGCGGUCCCGAGUGCGGGAGGUGGGGCGCGGGGUUCACGGUCUGUUCUCGGUGUCGCCGGCUGCGCCCCGACUCAGCGCCGCCAUGGAGAGCGGAGGGCGGCCCUCGCUGGGCCAGUUCAUCCUCCUGGGCACGAGCUCCGUCGUCACCGCCGUCCUGUACUCUGUGUACCGGCAGAAGGCCCGGGUCGCCCAAGAGCUCAAGGGAGCUAAGAAAAUCCACUUGGGUGAAGAUUUAAAGAGUAUUCUUUCAGAAGCUCCAGGAAAAUGUGUGCCUUAUGCUGUUAUUGAAGGAGCUGUGCGAUCUGUUAAAGAAACGCUGAACAGUCAGUUUGUUGAGAACUGCAAGGGGGUAAUCCAGCGACUGACACUUCAGGAGCACAAGAUGGUGUGGAAUCGAACAACCCACCUUUGGAAUGACUGUUCAAAGAUCAUUCACCAGAGGACCAACACUGUGCCCUUUGAUCUGGUGCCUCAUGAGGAUGGCGUGGCCGUGGCUGUACGAGUGCUGAAGCCCCUGGACUCUGUGGACCUGGGCCUGGAGACUGUGUACGAGAAGUUCCACCCCUCCGUCCAGUCCUUCACCGAUGUCAUUGGCCACUACAUCAGUGGAGAACGGCCCAAAGGCAUCCAAGAGACUGAAGAGAUGCUGAAGGUGGGGGCCACCCUGACAGGGGUUGGUGAACUCGUCCUAGACAACAACUCCGUGCGCCUGCAGCCCCCCAAGCAAGGCAUGCAGUACUACCUAAGCAGCCAGGACUUUGACAGCCUGCUGCAAAGGCAAGAGUCAAGCGUCAGACUCUGGAAGGUUCUGGCCCUGGUGUUUGGCUUCACCACGUGUGUCACCCUCUUCUUUAUUCUCCGGAAACAGUAUCUGCAGAGGCAGGAGCGCCUGCGCGUAGAGCAGCUGCAGGAGGAAUUCCGGGAACACGAGGCCCAGCUGCUGAGUCAAGCUUCGCCCGAGGACCGAGAGAGUCUGAAGAGUGCCUGUGUCGUGUGUCUGAGCAGCUUCAAGUCCUGCGUCUUCCUGGAGUGUGGGCAUGUCUGUUCCUGUCGUGAGUGCUACCGUGCCUUGCCAGAGCCCAAGAGGUGCCCCAUCUGUCGGCGGGAGAUCACCCGGGUGAUUCCCCUGUACAACAGCUAGCGGUUCUGCAGCGCCUGGCUGCACUUGGAAGCCGCCCUCCCCGAGUGGGGAUUCAUUCUUGAGGCCUUUCGAAGAGCAGCCAUAGGGGUAGCUCUGCCUCCGGGUGUGACUCAGUGGAGUCUCUCCAGACCCACACCUCCACCAGCAGAGAGCCUUUCUGACCUCCCCAGAGCAUCUAGAGGGGCCCCACCCUUGGUUGGUGCCAAGGCCUGGUAUUUUUUCCUAGGAACCUGCUGGGGGUGUGUAUGUGUAUGAUAAAGCAUCCUGUCACCUCAGCACCAAAGCCACUGAUCUUUUCUGGUGACUCUUGGUUGCUGCAGACCUCGGAGAGGAAAGGCUGAGCCCCGGGCCUUCCAGAGCCAUACCUGCAGAGACUGCCCUCGCUUUCUUCCUUUUGCUUCCACUGGGGAUAAGGUCUUUCUUCAAAUUGUCAGGCUGGGCAGGUCACUUGUGUCUUUCCCCUCACCUGCUUGCCUCCCAAAUGUGUGCACACAUGUGGACAGGGCAGGAGGGGGUGAGGUCAGCACAUCUGCUUCUGCCUACACAGUGGGACACGGAUCAGCAGACGCCAAGAGGUGUCUCUCCUUUGCUCUGACAGCCCUGUUGGUAUCUUCACUGACCAAGGGCGGGACACAGAGCGCAGACCUCUAGCCCUGAUGUGGAGCUGCUGCAGCUGGGCAGGCCUGGGUAGCUCUGGAUUGCCUGACAAAGGGUGAGCCCAAAAGGCCUCUGCUGAAGGAAGCAGCGAGGGCAUAGCCCUCCUGGCCCCCAGCUCUUGCAGCUUCUUUGUGGCAGCUUCUUUGCUUGCUUUUGUCUAGGAAAAGUAGCCAGCCGGCACCCUGAGCUCUGGGCCUCUGAAGCCCGCCCCUCGACCCCUCGCCUGGGGCCGGGGCACAAUCCCAGCACCGUGUUCCCUGUUACCCUCCACUCCUCACGUCCCUGUGCUGAGCCUGUGAGUGCAGGAGAAGUUGGGGAGUGUCCUUCCUGCCUCUGAGUGGCCAAGAAUCGUGCACACAGCUCUUAUUUCCCUUCUGUGUCCUUGAACAUUCAUCCCCUGCUCCUCCUCUGUGUGGGGGGAGGGGUGCUCUCAGGGGGCUGACACUAGUGAUAAGCAGUAUCCCAUGUGAACAGCACAAAUUAAACAUUGCGGCCUUGUG